CUAAAUCGCCUCCACCAUGUACGUGAACGGGUCAACAUUGUUGCCUCUUUCCUUGUAGAUGGCCUCUUCGGAGCUAUGAUGGAUGUUGCCCUUGUGAAUGAUGGCCCGGUGACUAUUGUGUUGGAUUCAAGAUUGCGUGAGGACGGCACACUCAAGGGAACUGCUAGCUCACCUGGUGACCUCUGUGGUAAUGCCGCUGCGUCCGGAGAAUCCUAG